AUGAAGUUGAUCUCUUCCCGUUUAAAAUGGCAGAAGUUGAGAGAGAGAGAGAGAGAGAGAGAGAGAGAGAGAGAGAGAGAGAGAGAGAGAGAGAGAGAGAGAGAGAGAGAGAGAGAGAGAGAGAGAGAGAGAGAGACAGAGAGAGAGAGAGAGAGAGAGAGAGAGAGAGAGAGAGAGAGAGAGAGAGAAAGAGAGAAAGAGAGGGAGAGGGUGAGAAAGAGAGAGAGGGAGGGUGAGAGAGAUAGAGAGAGAGAGAGAGAGAGAGAGAGAGAGAGAGAGAGAGAGAGAGAGAGAGAGAGAGAAAGAGAGAAAGAGAGGGAGAGGGUGAGAAAGAGAGAGAGGGAGGGUGAGAGAGAUAUAGAGAGAGAGAGAGAGAGAGAGAGAGAGAGAGAGAGAGAGAGAGAGAGAGAGAGAGAGAGAGAGAGAGAGAAAGAAAGAGAGAAAGAGAGAGAAAGAGAGAGAAAGGGAGAGGGUGAGAAGGUCGAGAAAUGGAACCACGGAAUGGGGGGAGUGCUAGCCCUGGUCUCGUGCUUAGAAGAGGGGUUAUCCCACUCGAGCGUCAAUGCUUGCUUGCCAUCAUAG